UAUGUAUGUGGCAAGAAGAGAAAUGAUAGAAAAGAAGAUAGAAAUAGGAUUAAAGACUAUGACCAAUUAUAUCUUAUGUAUAAUUGUAAAUAACUUUAUAGCAAAAACAAUAUUUACUUAUUUAGAUUCUCUAGAUUUAUAAAUAGUAGAUGCACCAUCUAGAAAGAAUACAACAUCACCAUUAAGAUCAUACUCAAAAGAAUAAAAGGAAUUAAAAACUUUACAUGAAUAUGAUGGAACAAUAGUUUGUAAUUGCUAUGAUUGCUUUUGUGAAGGUUGUCCUUGGGAAUAGAAAUGUGUAUGUUAAUGUUGCUAUUCUAUUGGGUAAUGUUGUACUAUGUUACAAAACAAAAUAUUAGAAUCUCUUAAAUACAUCAUCUUCUUUUUAACAAAACCUUAUUUCUAUAUAAUUUUUAAUUCUUAUUUUCAUUUUAUAAGUAGGGAUGGACUUAUAUUAACAUUUGGAAUUAUUUUUAAUGGAUUGUAAUUUUAUGUUUUACUAUUUGCUUUUUCAUUUCUAUCAACAAAAAGAGAAAUGAUGAGACUGGAUAAAAGUAAAGAAGAUGAUAGAGGACUUUUAUUGUAUUAUCAUAUUAGAAAAGCCUUCAUAUUAACUUUCUUUUUAAUACUUUUAUUCAUCUUUUUUGGAUUAUCUGUAGAUCAAUUGAUAUUUAAAUAUAAUCUUUUAAACGAUAAUCAUGCUCUAAAAUGUUAAAAUUAAGAAUGUUCAGAUGUUCUCUUUUAAAUAUACAACAUAUUAUUUUUAUUUAUUGGUUGUAUUGUUUCUGUAUUGUUAAUGAGUUACAAUAAUUGUUUGAGCAAUGACUUAAUUCAAGAUAAUGACAAUAUACUUAAAGCAUAAUAAAGACUAUAUAUUAUGUAGAAUAAUUUGAUUAAAUACUUUCCAAGUGAAGAAUAAUUUUAGAAGUAUGUGGAAGAAUGCAAUUUUGAUGAUCAAUAGAUAUCAAGAUUGGUUCAUGAGAAAUGUUCAGAAGCCAAAGGAAACUUAUAAUUAUCUUUAGGAGCAAAUGAUAAAUAAUAAUUUAAAAAAAUUAAAAAGAAUUUAGGAUAAAGUAAAUUUUUAAUUGGAGGUAUAGUAAGUUAUCUCUAUUUAUCAACAUAUUUAACUUUUAUAGCAAGUUUUACUUUCUUUUUGGCUUUGUUCAUCUAAAUAUAAGAAUUAAAAAAAAAUAAUCCCAAUGAUGAAGUAAUAGACCUAUAUAUUAUUCACAAUGCGAAGUAAGACUCUGCAAUAUAUAUAUCCUAAAUAACCUUACUUAUUUUAUAAAUUAUAUAAGCACUUAUUUUGCCUCAUUUGUUACCAUUUUUAUUUAUCAAAAAAAGACUUUUUGGAUAAGAUUAUGGAGAAUGGGAAUGA